AUGAGGGAGCUGUCUGACAUGACCAAAGAGGAAAUGACAUCUCUGGGAGAUGGUUACGCGAAUGUCCUGAAUGCCGGUGAUUCAAUUGAUAGUAAGCGUGCAAACACUGCGCCGCUUAAAGACUUGGACUCAGACCCCAAGGACUUGGACUCGGAUCACAAGGACUUGGACUCGGACCCCAAGGACUUGAACUUGGACUCGGACCAGACCCCCAAGGACUUGGACUUGGACUUGGACUCUGCCCAUAAGGACUUGAACUUGGACUUGGACUCGGACCAUAAGGACUUGGACUUGGACUCAGGUCACAAGGACUUUGACUUGGACUCAGACCCCAAGGACUUUGACUUGGACUCAGACCCCAAGGACUUGGACUUGGACUCGGACCAUAAGGACUUGAACUUGGACUCGAAACACAAGGACUUUGACUUGGACUCAGGUCACAAGAACUUGAACUUGGACUCGGACCAUAAGGACUUGGACUUGGAACACAAGGACUUGAACUUGGACUCGGACAAUAAGGACUUGAACUUGGACUCGGAACACAAGGACUUUGACUUGGACUCAGGUCACAAGGACUUGAACUUGGACUGGGACCAUAAGGCCUUGAACUUGGACUCGGACCAUAAGGACUUGGACUUGGACUCGGAACACAAGGACACGAACUUGGACUCUGACCUCAAGGACUUGAACUUGGACUCGGACCCCAAGGACACGAACUUGGACUCGGACCACAAUAAUAAAAUAAUAAUAAUCAAAACAAGCUGUUAUAUAGCACAAUAA